AUGUGUGGAAAUUGUGGAAAAUCAAGUUUUGCCUCUGGAGUCAAAGUCGAUCCAUCGUGCAAGAAUGCCUACGAUCUCCUUCACAACAAGCAUCAACACAGCUACAUCAUUUUCAAGAUUGACAAGAAUGAUACCGCUAUCGUUGUCGAGAAAGUCGGAGAGAAGAGUGCUCCAUACUCUGAAUUCGUCGAGGAGAUGAAGAAGCUUGUCGAGGACGGAAAGGAGUGCAGAUACGCUGCCGUCGACGUCGAAGUGACUGUUCAAAGACAAGGAGCUGAAGGAGCAAGCACGCUCAACAAGGUCAUCUUCGUUCAAUACUGCCCAGACAAUGCUCCAGUCCGUAGACGUAUGCUCUACGCUUCGUCUGUCCGUGCUCUCAAGGCUUCUCUCGGUCUCGAAUCUCUCUUCCAAGUCCAAGCAUCUGAGAUGUCGGAUCUUGAUGAGAAGAGUGUCAAGAGCGAUUUGAUGUCCAACCAAAGAAUCUAA